CUCUGCCUUACCACGCCCAUUUCCCUCGUCUAUUCGUCAGGAAUCAUCACAGAGACGCGAGGAAAUCAUCUUCCUCGAAUCUUCCAGGACUCUGGAACCAAUCCAAUGGCUCUCCGGUAAGCAAGCUGUUUUGUUAAGUUAAGUUCGAGGGACAGCGUACGAUCACGCCGUUGUCCCUGUUGCAGGUGUUUUGAAAAUACCUCGUGACUCUCGGCCUCUCCCCUCUCCGUCUGCCUGGGUAGUUUCAAUGCGCGAAUUCCCGCCCAUUCCCGGUCAGGAGAAAGAUCAAAAGGUAUUUGUACACCUGGACAUAAUCUCGUGGGGUCAUUUGGGUCUGCAGCUUGUUAAAGACAUUCAAGAUACAAUACAAACAACAAUUACCACCACCACCAUUGAAGACAACUACUUCGACCAUAUCAUCAUCAAUUGAUUUCUUCACCAACAAAGACCUCGAGAAUCUCUAUCAAGCGAUACCAAACAACACACCCGUACAAAAAAUCAACCACCAAACCAAAACCAAACCGACAUGGGAGUCCUCCAACAAACCCUCCCCCUCUCGCUCAUCUACUUCUCCCUCGUCUUCCUCUCGGGCCUGAUCCUCGGGUCCAUCCGCGUGCCCUACCUGCAACCGCUGCUGGGCGCGCGGUACGCCGAGCUGUUCGAGAUGCCCAUCAUGCUGAUCGUCAUCUGGCAAGCCGCGCAGGUGACGGUGUGGAACCUGGACUCGGCCUCCGCAGCCCCCGCGGGCUCCAAACGGCCCUUGGCGUCGAUGAGCACCAGCAAAUGGUCCCUCCUGAAGUUCCUGACCUCGCCGCCCCCGACACCGCUGAUGAUCGGCGCGCUGGCCCUCGUGUGGCUGCUGGCCGUCGAGCUGGCCGUCAGCGUCGUGGCGCAGAUGUCGCUGCACGGCGGGUCCUGGUGGGAUGGCGUCUACCUGUACGUGGCCGGGCGGGACGUCGUCGCCGGCCCCGUGUACGCGACGGCCCUGCUGGCGUACGCGGUCAUGCCGUGGGUCGCGUGGCUGUCCCAGACCCAAGAGGACACGGACAAGCUGCUGUGGGACUUUGACGAGACCCAGGCCGAGCAGGAGGAUUACUGCUCGCGGUGAAAAAGGGGAAAAAAAAGGAGCCGGGACCGAACACCGGGACCGGCGAGAACUUCAUAUCAAAAACACGCUGCACCAUCACGACGACGCCGACGACGCCAUGGUAGUGCUGGGCGGCGUCGACGGAGGCGGGAUUAGAACUAGACGAGAUUGAAUUGUUGUACUACAUGUCAAAGCACACAGGAGGCCCGGGGGGGGGGUGUCAGUACAGGGAAAGAAUGUAUGAAUAUGUGCACUAGCGGCCAUACAGGCCAUAGUAAUGAGCAUUUGAUGUAACGGUUUCCGUCGAAAUUGAAAUCUUUCUGAUCAAAA